AUGGACAUCGAUGGACGCCUUGUUUACACCCGGAAUCGAUUGCUAUACUGCAACUUAGAGGUCGCAUGGCCACGGCGACUUUUACACAUCCCCUCGAUGACAUCGGUCGAAAGACACGGGGCAUGCACCUAUUCGACGACAGAAGCUCCGAAGUAUGCCAUCAUCACCUACACCUGGGGACGAUUUCAAGCACCUGACGGAUGCCCAGCCCUGCCCGUAAAAGGCACCACCUGGCAGAUUCCGCCAGUGAAGGAAACCUGCUUUUCGGUUGAGUCGUUCCAGCGCGUGAUAAACUGCAUCGGCGAAAAAUACGAGUGGCUUUGGUUGGAUGUUGCCUGUAUCGACCAAGAGAAUGAAGACGUCAAGAUGAGCGAAGUUGCGCGCCAGGUGGGCAUCUUUCACGGGGCG